GCGCGCCUCUGAAACCAGAGCCCUGGAGAGGAGACCGUGGUGAUUUUCCAGUCUGCACUGCACUGGGCUGAAAACAAGUGCACUGAGCUUAGUAAGACGAGGACAGCUCAUAGCGGAGAUCAGUUGAAGAAUCAUCACUGAAGAUAGAACUACUACUGACUACAGACCUGCGCGAAGAAAGCAAAGCUCAUCCACUCACUCAAGACGUCACUUAAUACGACGGAGAUUCCAAAAUGGCUGGAUACUACCUCUCCCAGCGGAUGACGCCGUACGAAAGGAUGAUGAUGGAGGAAAGAGGACUCGGAACGGCAGACCCCAGGGCCGAGAUCCACGAAAAAGUGCAGCAAGCAGGAAUUCCUCUGAUCCAGGAAACCGACUACCAGAUCGUCGAGAACGGCCUUGUCGGGACCGGUACCUUCGGGAAGGUCUACAAGGGCACGUAUGAGGAGGAUGAGGUGGCGGUGAAGGAAAUCCAGAUGGGGAGGAAAGUCAAGCUGACUGACCACCAGAUCCGCGAAAUACAAAUCCACGGGCUACUCCCCGGUCACAAGAACGUUGCCAGCCUGCUCGCGGUGUCUAUCGGGAAGAACCUGAGAAUGAUCUGCAACUUCAUCGACGGCAGAAGUCUGGACGAGAUCAUCUUCGAAGAGGACGAGAUUCCAAAAAUUCUCAAGAUCCCGGCCCAUGAGGAGCCGUAUGUCGCCCUGCAGAUUGCCGAGGGCGUGGCGCAUCUUCACGACUGUGGCAUCAUCCACCGCGACCUCAAGCCCGAAAACGUCAUGGUCGACACAAAAAGGCACGCCUUCAUCUGUGACCUUGGAACCGCCAAGGUAGAGCACCACAACAACCUGUCCGUGAUAGAGACCAUGAUGAAACCGGGAAGCCCCAUUUUUCUCGCUCCGGAAUGUUCCGUGGACGGUCUGGACGCAGACUACGCUUCUGAUAUCUGGUCACUGGGAUGCACUUUGGCAGAGCUUUUUGCCCGUGAAGAAAUCUGGGAGACGGAAGACAUCGAGUUUGAACUCAAGAGGUUCCUGAAGGACAGGAAAGAACCUGAUGGGCUGAAAGAUGUCAGGGAACCAUUCAAGACUCUUGUGCGAAAACUUCUGAGUUACGACCCAAAGAACAGGAUAACAGCCUUCGACGCCGUCACGGAGCUGAAGAAGACCUUCGAUUGGAAGAAGUACGAACAGUACAAGGAACUCGCCAGCAAGCCUGGAUUCAGAAAGAGGAGGGCCCUCAGCGCACCGAACUAGAUCUACCCAACAGGGCUGGACUCUUGUGGAGUACAUACAUGUGCAUUGCUUACUACUUGCUGGCAAUGCAAGGUUUUUAUUAUGGCAAAGUAUCGCAGGUAUAUAUGGAAACUACCUUUGUUGUAUUGAACGGAUGUGCUGAGUUCUUGGAAGAGGAAAAUGUGUUUUACAAAAGGACUCACUUAUCUUUGUGGUUGUACCGAUUUAAGGGCUCAAUCUUGGAAACCUAACGCCUAGCUGUUACAAGGCAACAAACAACAUCACGGGUGAUACACAAAAUCAACUAUGAAUCCUCUGACAACAGAAUGACAGAAAAGCAGACCAAUGUAUACUUUAUACAUUACACAACAGAGUGCGUGAACAUCCGUGAACUAUGAUUUAUUUAUUCAUUUGUAUAAAGGAAUGUAUAUGUCGUUACUGUUGAACGGAUGGCAAGGGAAGAUUUUUAAGAGUGGUUUGGAAGAUGUGUGUUACAAAUGUACUGAAUAUACAUAAUACUUAUAGUAAUCUAACGUUAAGUAUGUACUUUAAAGGUCAGUUUGUAGUGAUGAUUGUACUCCGUCAUCAUCAUAUCUAUACAUAGAGAAACACUACUAUGUAGUAUCAGUAUGUAGGGACUAUACGGUGCUGUAAAUGUGUUUUAUUUAACGUUACACUAUCUGAUAUUAAUUCAAAGAUAUUGUGUGGUUAUGUAUUGUUUGUACAUGUAUGAUACACUAAAUCGAAUGUAAAAUUAUAGAUAGCAUUUUACUAUGGGUAACUGAUUAAUAAGUCAAUUGCACAUUUACUCCUUGAAAAUUGAGUACGUUAACUUGUAUGAUAUCAUUAGGAACCAUUUACACAAACUGAAGACGUAGUAUACAGCUUUCUAGUAUCACUGUUGUAAAUAUCAUUUCGAAAAUAUGACCAUCUUUUCGCAUAAUCAAAGGAGUGAGAGUUGAAUGGGGGGAAAACCUUUAUUUUUUAUAAAAUGUACCAAAGGAGAUUAGGCAUACUUACAACUGAAUUGUCAAUGUGGCAAAUUUACAGUCUGACUUGUAGGUAUGCGAGGAGGUAAAAUUUCUGCAUAUGAUUGACAAUAUAUAGAUGUAGCAAACUGUAUGUUUUAAUUAUUAUGAUUUCUCUGUAAAAUAUUGGCGUAUCCAAGACCAACGUAUUUGGGAGAAAAAGUAAAUACGUGAUUUU